AUGAGCAGUGCGGGGGGAAGGGGAGAGGGACAGAGCUCGCAGAUCUGGCGACCCUCCCCGGAGGCGCAGUCUAUCAGGGACCUCUCUUCUUCAUGCACCGGGGAGGAUGUGGGAUUCAUCGCAGGAUCGAAUGAAAGGGUUGUGCGUCUCGUAGUUGGGUCUUUGUCGGUGGUAGAUUGGGUGCGUAGCCAAUGGCUACUCGGGCUCCUCAUUUUGAGUAUUGGCAUGGCGUAUUACCAUCCUGUCUCGGCAGGCAUAGCCGCCAGUGCGUGGACGCGUAUCCUUGUUUUUAUUUCCUUUGCACUCAGUGGUGCGUCCUUUCCCGACAUUGACAGGAGUGCCACGCUGCGAUUUAUGGGUCCCACCAUCACCAUGUUUGCAAUGAGCUUUAUUCUGUCUCCCAUUUUGGGAGCAGCCAUAUAUGUUAUUUUUCGUAGUAGCAGCGGUGAGGACAACUACUUAUUGGUUGGUUUAAUGUGCACUUUUUGUUUGCCCCCGUCCGUGAUUCUUUCUGUGGCGGCAACGCGCUCUUCGCAAGGGAAUGAGGCUCUUUCACAAUACCUGAGCGCGGUUGGUAUCGUGUGUGGUGUGAUUGCAUCCCCAUUGCUAAUGCUGGCAUGCAUGUUAUUCUCGUAUUCAAGCAAGUUUCCAGUUACCGCAGACUUGAUGCUUUUUCCUGCCACUGCCAUUGGACCAUUCUUUUUUGGCGUUAUUGCACAAAAAAUAUUUGCUUGGGCGUCACAUCGACGUAUCACUGGGGAAGAUCGCGAGUCUUUACGUAUCACUAAGGCGGAGAUGGCAUGUUCUGAACUAUGCAAUGGUAGUCUCUUUUAUUGGCGCCAGCGGGCCGUUCAGCUUAAUAGCCUUGUGUUACUCCUAGUUAACUACUUCAUGUUUAGUUCAUUCUUUGUUCAGUCAAUCGCCCCAAGUUUCUUGACAUGGCGAGGCGUCGGACUGAUAUCUUUUGUGGAGUUGACAUUGUACAUCGUGAUGUGCGUUGUGGGCUGGUUACUGGCUUCGUUGUUUGCCUGCUCGCCGGAAGAGCGGAUUGCGCUGUUUUUUGCCCUCAUUACAAAGUCGGAGGUACUUGUUGUCCCAAUAAUUCUUCAAAUCUUUCAUGAGAAUCGCCAGGCGGCUGUGAUACUUCUUCCUUCGUUGAUUUACCAUCUCAUCCAGGCAUUCACGACGGGUAUGCUGAGUUUCCCGCUGCGCCGGUGGCGGUGUCAAUAUAACUGCCGCCCCGGGACGACGCUGCUUCCGCUGCGCCUAAGCCGCGUGAACCGGUCCCCCUCAACAAAGCCGUAG